CUUCUCAAUUAUUUUCUAUAUUUUGGGUUUUUGGCAGCCACUUUCACAUACUCCAAAACCAGCAAAAACACCCCCAACUCACUUUCUCUCUCCUCUUUUUUUUUGCAAAGAUACUUUCCCACGACUUAAUCUCACCAGCUCCCAUCUGCUUACUCACACUACUUAGAUCUCCUUUUUACCCUUUUUGCAUCUUCUUAAUUCUUCUUCUCAACGUUUUCUGCUCUUAAUUCAGCACUAUUUUUAGCACCAAAAAAAAAGAUUUUUCUUUGAGUUGAAGAUCACUAGUAGAUGCUGAUUUGAGCUAAACUUAUGACCUCCAAAACCCAUAAGAAGAGAAAAAGAGCAACAAUUGGGAAGAAUAACAUGGAAGAUGGAAUUCAUCAAUUGGCUAAAUCAAUAAGAAAGAGGUUUGAAAAAUUACCUCCACUUUCUUCCAAAUGUUGCAUCUAUAGAGUCCCUAGAACACUAAGAAAUGUGAAUUUAAGUGCUUACAAGCCUUGCCUUAUUUCAAUUGGACCCUUGAAUCAUGGCAUGAAAAGAUUACAAGGGAUGCAAGAACAAAAAUUAAGGUAUCUUCAAAAUUUUCUUAGGAGAAAUGAGGAUAAAACACUCCAAGAUUAUCUUAGAAUGAUCAAAAUGUGGGAGAAAGAUGCAAGGGAAUGUUACAUUGAGAGUAUUAGCUUAAGUAGCAAUGAAUUUGUAGAGAUGAUGUUGCUUGAUGGGUGUUUUAUUAUCGAGUUUUUCUUAAAUUGGUAUUGGGAAACAUUAGAUGAGGAUGAUCGUAUUUUUGGAAAACCAUCCUUAGAACAUGUAAUUAGAAGGGAUUUAUUAUUGAUUGAGAAUCAACUCCCUUUUUUUGUUCUUGAAGAGUUAUAUGGUCUUGUAUUUGAUGAUAAUGAUGAGUGUUUUCAAAGUUCAAUCCCUCUCAUUCAUCUUACUUCUGAGGUCGUAAUAGGAAAAAGAGAGCUUCCCAACAAGUUCAAGAGACGUGAAAUCUUGCAUUUGGUUGAUUUCUUGAGAACCUAUCUCCUCCCUAAACAUCUUAGGGAUCCAAAUUAUGUUUCAACCUCAAGCCGCGAUGGCGCGGCGUGUUGGGAGUUUCCUCCUGGUGUAGGAGAUCUUCAUGAUUCAGGGAUCAAAUUUGUACUUCAUAAAAGUGAUUCUCUACUUGAUAUAGAGUUUAAAGAUGGAGUUUUGUACAUUCCGAAAUUAGAGGUGGAAGAUCAUACAGAGUCUAUUCUCCUCAACUUAUCAGCAUACGAGCAAUGUCAUUACCAUUCAGAUUCUUACAUUGUUGAUUAUGUGUUAAUGAUGGAUGUGUUAAUUACUACUCUAAAGGAUGUUGAUAUUCUUUUAAGUAGUGGGAUCAUAACAAAUGCAUUAGGUAACAAUGAUGAAGUGGCCAAUCUUUUCAACACCAUUUGUAGAGAAACAAACUAUGAAGCUCACAACUUUUAUUACACUGAUAUUUGUAGACGAUUAGUUGCUCACUCAAAAGCACCUUGGAAUAAGUGGAAGGCUACUUUGAAACAUGAUUACUUUAACAAUCCAUGGACCAUUAUUUCAGUUGUUGCUGCUAUUGUUUUGCUCAUUCUUACUGUUGUACAAACUGUUUGUAGCGUUAUUGCUUUGAAACGCUAGUAGUAGUAUAUUAUUAUGGUCUUAAAUCUCAAUUAGUUCAUACUUGUAUUCUAUUGCAUAUGUUAACAAAUUUUUUAGUAUAAUCAUAUUUGGUUCUUGUUA